GUAUUGUUUUAAAUGACUUAUCCAUGUGUGGGUUUAUAGUAUGUUGCAGAUUUAACACCACAAUAAACCUUUACACAGCAGCAAUAUAGAGGAGACAAGGUACUGUAUAGUGACAAGACCAAUAUUAAGAAAACUUUUAUGGCCACGUAUUAUUUUUAAAAACAGCCGUUUAGUAAAGGCAAACUGAAUUACUGAAUUAUUUACUUAAAAAAAUAACCAAAAUUUCUUUAUCACUUUUUUCCAGGUAGUAUCUAACUCACAAAUUGUAGUUGGAAAAUUUUAAAUUCUAAAGUGAGUAUUAUGAUAUAAUAUAGACAUAAGCGUGUUUUUCUCCAUGCAAUGUGUAUUUUUCUUUUUCUUUUUGUAAUUAAUCCAUAAUUCAAUUGGAAAAUUGUGCAAUGGCUGUUUUGGAAUCUCCAGCUAGAAGUCAAAAUGUUGUGGAGGAGAGAGCUGACGAGAGGAGCAGGGCUUUGCCUUCUGCUGCUGCCGCUGGCUCUCCUGCAGGAGACCUCGGGCCAGAGGAGGAGGAGCGGAAGCAGGAACAGCUACAAGCUGCAGGACAAUGAUGAAGGAGGAGAAGGCAAAUUCCCGCUGGAAAAAUUUUGCUCUCCUUUUCCCACAGGUCAGCCGUGUUCCCUGGAGGUGGCCUUCAUCGUGGACAGCUCUGAAAGUGCUAAGACGUUCUUGUUUGAGAAGCAGAAGGCCUUUGUGUUGGGCUUCAGCACACAGCUGGCUGCUCUGAAGGUGACCGGCUGGACGUUAGAGAUGCGAAUGGCCGCGCUUCAGUACAGCAGCUACGUGUCUGUGGAGCAACGAUUCUCCGCCUGGAAAGACCUGGACUCUUUCCACAGCAGUGUGAACGCCAUGAGCUACAUUGGCCAUGGAACCGACACGACCUACGCCAUCACAAACGCCUCGCAAAUGCUCGUGCAUGAGACCCCACCCCACAGUGUACGGCUGGUCCUGUUGAUGACAGAUGGCGUGGACCAUCCUCGAAACCCAGACGUGAUUGCGGCUGCAGCUGAGGCUAAAGAUCACGGCAUUAAGUUCUUCACAGUGGGCUUGUCUGACAUUGCUGAGCAGAAUCAGAACAAGGCCAAGCUCCGGGCCGUGGCCAGUGCACCAGCUAAGCAGUUUGUCCACAGUCUUCUGGAUGUUAAGCUGAGUGAAAAACUGCUCAAAGAGAUGAGUGCAGUGGCAAAAGACGAGUGUCCACAGGCCCAGACAUGUGUGUGUGAAAGAGGAGAGACAGGGUCUCCCGGGAGUCCAGGAAGAAAAGGAGAACCAGGGCUCAGAGGAACCCCAGGUCUGAAAGGAUCCAGGGGAGAUCCUGGAUUAAGUGGCCGACCUGGAAGUAAUGGUCAAGAGGGUCGUCCAGGUUACAAGGGAAACAAGGGGGACAGAGGAGAAUGUGGAACUCCUGGGUCCAAGGGAGACACAGGACCUGAAGGACCACCAGGCAUAAGAGGGCUGAAAGGAGAACAGGGUUGGGUUGGACCACCAGGAGACAUUGGUUCCGAGGGCCAAGCUGGACCGAAAGGAGACAGAGGGCCCAGUGGUGUUCCAGGACCACCAGGAGAAUUUGGCAUUGGUUUUCCAGGACCCAAGGGUGAGAAGGGCCUCCAGGGAAGACAAGGGCCUGUAGGUCCAGUUGGGAUUGGAGAACCAGGACAAUUAGGACCUCCAGGACCAGUCGGACCACAAGGAAACCCUGGGGCACCGGGUGAAGGAAUUCCUGGACCAAAGGGUGAUCGAGGACACGAAGGUCCCAGAGGAAAUCGUGGACUACCAGGGAUUGGUUUUAAAGGUGAUAAGGGCAACUUUGGACCACCAGGGUUUCCAGGCCUCCUUGGUCCUCCAGGUCCAGGACUACAAGGAGACAAGGGCGAUCAAGGUCCAGUUGGUGCUACGGGGCCUAGAGGUAGUCCUGGAGUGGGAAUAACAGGACCUAAGGGAGAUCAGGGUCUGACAGGUGAACCUGGACCCCCAGGACUGAGAGGAAUAGGAGAACAAGGAGCAAAAGGAGACCCGGGGGCUGAGGGAUUAUCAGGUAUUCCAGGUCAACCAGGAGAGGAUGGAGCUCCAGGACAAAAGGGGGAGCUUGGAUUACCAGGACCUCGGGGACUUGAGGGUCCUCCAGGUAAAGGUGCUACUGGAAACAAGGGAGACAGAGGAGACAGGGGGACCAGAGGUCUCGUAGGUGCUGUGGGUCCAGUGGGACCAAUGGGGCCAAAGGGGGAACCAGGAUUCAUAGGUCCACCAGGCGCAAAUGGAUCACCAGGAAGAGGUUUGACUGGUGCCAAGGGAGAUCCAGGGUCACCGGGUCCAGCUGGACCAGUGGGAGAACCAGGCUUGGGUUUAGCUGGUGCUAAGGGUGACAGAGGAUCACCAGGACCUGCUGGUCCACCUGGAUUAAAAGGUGAAGGUUUCCCUGGUGUCCCUGGUCUUCCUGGGCCUCCUGGACUGAUGGGAGAAGUUGGACCGGACGGUGUUGGUUUACCUGGUUCGAAGGGAGACAGGGGGUUACCUGGACCUCCUGGACCUUCAGGACCUCCAGGAAUCGGUCAACCUGGUCCUAAGGGCUCCAUCGGACAGAUGGGAUUAAUGGGCCCACCAGGGUUGCCUGGGGAAGGUAUUCAAGGACAGAAGGGCGAGCCAGGAUUUCAGGGGGUUCCAGGUCUAAGAGGUCUUCCAGGGCAGGGUCUACAGGGAGAUAAGGGCGACAGAGGGUUCAGGGGUGAGAAGGGAACAAAAGGAGACGGAGGAGAACCAGGAGAACCUGGAAUACCUGGAUUAGUGGGUAGAGUUGGACAGAAAGGAGAACCUGGACUUACAAGAGAUGAAAUCAUCAAAAUAGUGAGAUCCCUGUGCAGUUGUGGCGUCUCCUGCCGUCAAACUCCUCUGGAGUUGGUUUUUGUGAUCGACAGCUCAGAAAGCGUUGGCCCCGACAACUUCAACCUCAUCAAGGAUUUUGUGAGUGCCGUGAUCGACCGGGUGUCGGUCAAGCCCGACGUCACCAGAGUGGGCGUGGUCCUUUACAGUCACAUCAACACGGUGGUGUAUGGUCUCGGACCUGGCACUCCUGAGCAGAUCAAGUCUGUAGUACGCUCCAUGGUCUACAUGGGCGAGGGCACCUUCACAGGCAGUGCCAUUAAGGAGGCCACCAAGGUGUUUGAAACCGCACGGCCUGGCGUCAGGAAGGUGGCCAUGGUCGUUACUGACGGACAGGCUGAUAAAAGAGACCUGGUCAGUCUGGAGAACGCCGUGACGGAAGCUAAACAGAGCGACAUUGAGAUGUUUGUCGUCGGAGUGUUGAACCAGAGCGACCCUCUGUACGAGGAGUUCCGGAAAGAGCUGGAGUUCAUGGCCUCUGACCCCGACAGUGAACAUGUGUAUCUGAUCGAUGAAUUCACCAAACUGCCAGCUUUGGAAAGGAAACUACUGACUUACAUCUGUGAAGAUGAACACAGCCGUUUGUUCAGCUCUGUCCCGAGCUCUGGACUCGCUCCAGGAUUUCCUGAGACCUCUGGGAAUGUCCGGGAACCACAGCACAGGACGGACACAGACACACCCACUUUCACAGGAGACUUCAGGAAAAUCCAUACGCCGCCUGGUCCUCCAGGUUCUCGUCCAGAAAAAGAACCGACUUUUCCGCAGACACCACGGCCAGACACCCGAACUUCCACAAACACUCCUCCGCCAAUUGAUAACGAACCCCCCAGACCGGGGACAGAGAUGAAGGACUCUUUGACCUUUGUUGUAAUUAAUGGAGCUCUAGGUCCAGCUGGUCCCACUCUGAAGAUUCCCCCAGUGGAAGAAAGAAUAUCACAACCUCCUCCACCAAGACCACCGGUGGUGGUCACACACGUCCAGCCCAAUGCAGAGCGCUGCGGCCUGAGCCUGGACCCUGGGCCGUGUCGAAACUACGAAGUCAGGUGGUACUACGACACCACGGCCAACUCCUGCGCUCAGUUUUGGUUCGGAGGUUGCCUAGGAAACAGCAAUCGUUUUGAGACCGAGAGGAGCUGCAGAGAAACCUGCCUAUCAGAUUCACUGUUCAUGUCUGAAUGCAGACCCUUCCUGAAGCCUCCACUUCCUGUUUCUACAGCAGAGCGCUGCGGCCUGAGCCUGGACCCCGGGCCGUGUCGAAACUACGAAGUCAGGUGGUACUACGACACCACGGCCAACUCCUGCGCUCAGUUUUGGUUCGGAGGUUGCCUAGGAAACAGCAAUCGUUUUGAGACCGAGAGGAGCUGCAGAGAAACCUGCGUCAGGGUUUAACGUUAGGAGCAAAACAGACUCACAGGUGACACACAGGGACAUGUUUAAAGACAUAGGUGUGUAUAAGUGUGUUCAAGCAAAAUAAGCCAAAGUAAUAAUAAAAAUAAAUUACUGUUAUAGAGAAAGUGAAGCCAUUUAAAAUGUGCACUAUGUAAAACUUAACAUUUUAUUUUUUUUGUUCUAAAAUUUGAACAUAAAACAAUUUCACUGAUGGUUUUUUUUCAAAGUACUAAUCAAUAUUCUCAUUAGCACAGAACAAGUACUUUUUACUACACAUUAGAGAUGUCCCAUGGAGGCAGCCAUGUUUAAUACUGCACAAGCAGGUUUACCACUAGAUGGUGCUACCCCCUUCACACUGUAUCUAAAGCCCACAAACACAGCAUUGUGAUUUCUAUGUUACAUACAGUGUCCAGCAACUGUAUAGACAUUUUAGGCACUAACAAAUUUGUCGAAUGUUUUUUCUUAAAAUUGUGUUGGGUUUUUUUUCUACUUAAAUGAGCUAACGUUUUUUUUAUACGUACCUUUUUAAAAUAAAACUGUGGUGCAAGAAAACUACAAUAAAAUCUUCAAAAAACAAAUGAUAAGGCAUCAUUUCAGAACACUGUUGGUAGACUUGACAAAAAAAACCCUUUAAAAACACAGAUUUAAAAAGUGU